UGCUCGCGGUUCGUGUCGUUGACCGACUUUCUGGCCAAACACCUCAAGUGCUGUAUUUGUCUCAACGUGUUUGACAAAGCCGUGACCAACGACUGCGGCCACACGUAUUGCAGAGACUGUAUCGGCGAUUGGAUUGCCAGCGAUCGACACCACUGUCCGGAGUGUCGCCGACCGCUGGCCACUGCGGUCGCCGCGGUCUACAACUUUACGAUCAAUUCAAUGAUCGGCGAAAUGCACGUCAAGUGUCGCUACGAGUCCGAGGGUUGUCUCGAAGUGCUAGAGUUGGCUCUAAUGACCGCUCACGAGGCCGUCUGCACGUAUCGAUUGUGUCCGACGUGUGGACUCAGCAUCGGAUCAGCCAAUGGCGGUCACGUCUGUCCGCCGCCACUGAUGGCCGAUACAGCGCCUGAAGAUACCAAUCUUCUGGACAUCGAUCCGUCACUAAUCCAAAUGAUUGAGAACGAAAUCAUUACCGAAUUAGAGCCCAUGGACUGGUCGGACGUCGCGGGCCUCGAGUUCAAGAAGAAUAAGAUCAAAGAGAUCACAGUUUUGCCACUCCUUCGACCGGAUCUGUUCCGCGGCCUUCGAAAGCCGCCGAAAGGUAUUCUGCUGUUCGGACCGCCGGGCACUGGGAAGACAUUUCUGGGCCGUUGUAUCGCAUCGCAGACCCAAUCGACGCUCUUCUCGAUAAGAGUGUCGGCGCUGAACAGCGAAUGGAUGGGUGAGUCAGCGGUGACUCUUCGGGCCAUAUUUGCCGUCGCGCGCGCCCGACAGCCGUCAGUG